AUGGAGCUACACUUGCUGAUGUGGAAAUUCUUCACAUUCAUCAUGGUAACUGGCUGCGUGACAGAGUUUUGCGUCUCCCCGCCAGAUGUCAGACACGCCACAUUCAAAGCCCUCACGUACAAAACAGGCACACUGUUAAACUGUGAAUGCAAGAAAGGCUUCCGCAGAAAAAUCAACCAGUCGGCCUUUAUGAAUUGUACGGGAGCUGCUGGCCACUCUUCCUGGGAAAACCAGUGUCAGUGCGUGAGGACUUCCCCCAGGGGCACAGACAAACAAGCAACUCCUAAACCUGAAGAACAGAAGGAAAGAAAAACCACAGAAAUGCAAAACCAAAUGCAUCCCACAGACCAAGUUAACCUUCUAGGCCAUUGCAGGGAGCCUCCACCAUGGGAGCAUGAAGCUUCAGGGAGAAUUUAUCAUUUCGUGGUGGGCCAGAGAGUUCACUACGAGUGUGCCCAGGGAUUCAGGGCCCUACAGAGAGGUACUGCCGAGAGCAUCUGCGAAAUGAUACGCGGGGCAACGAGGUGGACACAGCCCAAGCUCAAGUGCACCAGUGAAAGUAAGAACGAUCAGUUUCUAGGUGAUGAAGAGUCUCAAACAAGCACAGAUACUCCUUCUGGAAGUGAAACUCCCUGGCCCUUGAUAACGGCAGGUACUACUAUAGAUUUUAAAAAACAUACAGAAGUGGAUACACCCACGGAGAUGUUCAUAUUUACCACCGAGUACCAGAUAGCAGUGGCCAGUUGCGUUCUCCUGCUGAUCAGUAUCCUCCUUCUGAGUGCGUUCACGUGGCAGCAGAGAUGGAGGAAGAGUAGAAGAACAAUCUAGAAAAGCCAGAGUGGUAAGAAGCUGAGAACAGCCAGCAGAAGUCAUGAAGCACAAGCAAA